CACACACACACACACACGUUCUCCCUCAAUCACAGUCACACACAAUGAAGUCCAGAAGACUUCUCAGGUUUUAAAUGUUGCAACAAUCACUUGAAUAUCAUGAACACUUUUCAUAAACUAAUUCAUUUAGCGGGAAUCUCCAUGAUCAUCCUUUUUAAUAAAUGUGAGUGACACAACCGAAAAAGCCAACGCCCAUCCGGUAAAAUGACAAGGACUACAAGACUCGUGCCCAUAAUAUGAACAGAGUCGCGUGGCUCCGGGUGCUGAAAACUAGAAAGAAGAGCGACCAGGAAAUCAUCCAGCUGCUGAAGAAGUUCGGCAUCAAACAUGGACCUCUUGUCGGCUCUACACGUGGUCUGUAUGUGAAGAAGCUGAAGGAUGUGAUGGCCAAACCUGAUGUUUCUCCUGACAAGACGUUCUACAGAGAGGAAGCGGAGGAAGUGACCUAUAUACACUAUCAUACACCAGUGAGAGAUGAAGGAUAUGGAGAUAUCUCCAGAUGAAACGUUUCCAAGUAUGAAGAUCUCCCUGAUGAACACUUUGGCCAUGACACAGAGUGAGUCCACCACUGUGUGUGUGUGUGUGGUAGCAUGUGUGUGUGUGCGUGUGUGUGGUUGCAUGUGUGUGUGUGUGUGUGUGUGUGGUAGCAUGUGUGUGUGUGCGUGUGUGUGGUUGCAUGUGUGUAUGUGUGUGUGUGUAAUAUCUCAUCUCCAUGCUUGAUCAGGCCCCAGAGCACCCAGGCAGCCUAUCACAGCACUCCACUUUCCAAAGUGCCAAUCACAAAGGCUGCAGGGGGCAUUUCCUUGUGGCUGUGGCUGCUCCUAUUGGCUGUGCUGGCAGCCUUCCUGUACUUCAUUUACUCCAGCAUGGAGGCCAACACAGAAAGCCCGUUUGGACCAGGACGCAUCCACGAAUAGUCCUCUCUCUCUUUCUCUUCUCUUUCUUCUUUCUCCUUACCUCUCAUUAUCCCUCCCUCCUCUCUCUCUCCCUACCUCUCAUUAUCCCUCCCUUUCCUCU